AUGGUUCUGGUGAAGAAGAGGAGGAGGAAGAAGAGGAGGGACAAGGUGGUAAAAGAUGUCCAGGAAGAGGAUGAUGAUGAAAUAUUCUUUUCUGGGGGGCCUUAUGACAGUAAAUUGCUAAAGACCUUCAAGGGACAUGGAAGGAUUGAGGCUGUUGGUCUAUUGCCUUUGCUGACAUGCAACCUUUCUUCAGUGGACAAGACCAUGUUGUCGGCGUUUGUUGAGAGAUGGCAGCCAGAGAUGUCAUCUUUUCAUAUGUCAUUUGGGGAGAUGACUAUCACACAUGAUGAUGUUAGCUCUUUGCUACACAUCCUUGUGGAGGGAAAAUUCUUCAGUUUCCCAACCUUGACUCGUGAGGAAGCAGCCAUUGUAUUGCAUAAGCAUCUUGGUGUUACGCAAGUAGAGGCUGAAGCGGAGAUCCGGAAGUCCUUAGGACCUUAUUCUCGGUAUACAUGGCUUUUGGAUGUAGCUAAGAAGAUGGCCAAGGAAGAGAACACCAAGAAAGCUGCUAGAGCCUUCUUGCUGUGUUUGGUGGGGAUGACGAUUUUCUGUGCCAAGACAAACAACAAGGUGGAGGUUUCAUAUUUGGGGUUGUUUAUGGACUUGGAGAAGGCUGAGGAGUAUGCAUGGGGCGUCAUGGCAUUGGCUUUCCUUUAUGACCAGCUUAAGGAUGCCACCAAAGUCAUCACCACUAGCCUUGGAGGGUACUUAAAUCUGUUUCAGGCAUGGAUAUUUGAGCAUUUUCCCGCCAAAUUGUUUGACAAAAACCUGAACAAGAACUAUGUUGAGGGAGAGCCAAGAGCUUGCAAAUGGGUCACAAAGAGGGGGAAUACAGACCUGCAUGCGAAGAUGAUUGUCCUGGAUGACCUUAUAGAGAGCAGUGUCAUAUGGACACCAUAUGAUGAGCAUAGAGUGCAUUGA